CUCAAAAAGCUUUUCUCUUUGUCUCUCUCUCUCUUUGAGCGCACAGUCACUCACCACUCAACAAUGUGAUGAGUGUUUUCAUGGAGGUUUUCUCACCAUCAAACCACCAAUCAAUGGCUUCGAAAGCAAACCAAUCCAUUCUCCAACUAUCUGUUUCUCUUUUCCAUGAGUGAUUGAUCAAGCUUUGUUGUAUUUCUCUUGCUUUUUUCUCUUCUUUGUUUGCUGUCAUUGUGUUGUGAUUUUCAACAAUGGAGAAGAAAGGGGUGGCUUUGGUGCUUGUCCUGAUGGUCUUGCUCUCCGGAAUCGCCGCAGCAUCAGCUGUAGACCCAGCAAGGAUUUUGAGUAGCUUCUUCUCCAAUGCGCUUUCUGCUCUUCUGAAGCGGCUCUGGUCGCUUACUUCUACUGCAAAGACUGCGGCGGUGUCAAACCGAUCGAUGAUGAAGUUUGAGAGUGGGUACACUGUUGAGACUGUGUUCGAUGGGAGUAAGCUUGGGAUUGAACCCUACUCUGUGGAGGUUGCUCCGAGUGGAGAACUUCUCAUUCUGGAUUCCAUUAAUAGCAACAUCUACAGGAUCUCGCCGCCAUUGUCCAGAUAUAGUAGAGCCAAACUUGUCGCUGGAUCAGCUGAAGGGUACGCUGGUCAUGUUGAUGGGAGGGCAAGGGAAGCUAGGAUGAAUCAUCCAAAGGGUUUUACAGUGGAUGACAGGGGAAACAUUUAUGUUGCUGAUGCAAUGAAUACAGCCAUUCGUAAAAUCAGCGACACUGGGGUUACAACAAUUGCUGGAGGAAAGUGGAGCCGAGGGGGACACAUCGAUGGGCCAAGUGAGGAUGCAAAGUUUUCUAAUGACUUCGAUGUAGUUUACAUUGGAAGCAGCUGCUCUCUUCUUGUUGUGGACAGAGGUAAUCAGGCUAUCCGGGAGAUCCAGCUCAACUUUGACGAUUGUGCGUACCAGUAUGAAAGUGGUUUUCCUUUAGGAAUCGCCGUGCUUUUAGCUGCUGGUUUCUUUGGAUACAUGCUUGCUUUGUUGCAGCGCCGUGUAGGGGUGAUGGUUUCAUCCACAAAUGAACUAAGAACUCCAACAAAGACAGGCAUGCCUCCAAGUCCAUAUCAGAAACCGAUGAACCAAUCAGUCAGGCCACCGCUAAUUCCCGAUGAUGAUGCGCUCGACAAGCAAGAAGAAGGCCUUUUCACAUCAAUGGGGAAGCUUAUAUCGGGUGGUACUUCAGCAGUAACUGAAAUACUCGGCGGAAUGUUCUCUAUUUUCAGACGGAAGCCAAGGAACAAUGCACACCAAAACCAGUAUCGUCACCAGCAAUGGCGCCAACCAAACUCAUGGCAAAUGCAAGAGAGCUUCGUCAUUCAAGACGAAGAUGAGCCACCACCACCGCUUGAGACCAGAACUCCGACUCCCAAGAAGACCUAUGCUUUCAUGUCAAAAGACUCCGAAAAAAUUCACCAGCUCCGUCAAGGCCGAGCUUACUUCAACGAGUGGACCGGGGAUGACAACAAACAACAACAACAAACUCAUCAGCAGCACCUGAGACAACACAGGCAAUACUCUUCCGGCCCUCAAACAUUCUAUGAGCAGAGCUGUGAGACGACGACGAACGAGAUCGUAUUCGGAGCUGUUCAAGAAUCAGAUAGCAAGCGCGGCGCGGUUGAGAUCAAGGCAGUGAACUAUGGAGAUCCUUAUUAUGAGCAUUAUGGAUUGCGCUCUCGCUUCGAUUACAUGAGUUACAGCAGAAAUUAUUAGAGUUUUUAUCUGUCUUUUAACAUGAUAUGGUUUUCGAAUAUCGGUUUCGGUCAGUUUGUCUGAUCAUUGUGAAGAUGUGUAGGGAAAUAUGAAGGUGCUAUCUUUGUCUGUGUUAUACUGGAUUGAAUGAACAAUGUUAAGAAGCAUUUACUAGGUUUUAAGUGGAAAUAUUUGAGUCUUAUUAUCAAUA